GCGGUGCGAGGCGGGAGGCGGGCCGGGCGGCGGGGCGGGCCCGGAUGCAGUCGGCCCCGCGGCGCGGCCCCAGUUCCUGCCUGUGCCCUCAGCCCGGCGGGGCUCGCCCUGCGCAGCAUGUCGCUGGUGGCGGAGGCCUUCAUGAACCAGCUGGCCGCCGCAGAGCCUUGGCCUGAGAAUGCUGCGUUGUAUCAGCAACUGAAGGAGGACCAGAUUUUGCUCUCUGAUAAUGCAGCUUCCCUUGCUGUUCAGGCCUUCUUGCAAAUGUGCAAUCUGCCGGUUCGGGUGGUUUGCAGGGCCAAUGCCGAGUACAUGUCCCCAUCUGGCAAAGUGCCCUUUAUUCAUGUGGGAAACCAAGUAGUAUCUGAACUCGGGCCCAUAGUCCAGUUUGUGAAAGCCAAGGGCCAUUCUCUCAGCGAUGGGUUGGAUGAAGUCCAAAAAGCUGAGAUGAAAGCCUACAUGGAAUUAGUCAAUAAUAUGCUCCUGACAGCGGAGCUCUAUCUGCAGUGGUGUGAUGAUGUUACAGUAGAGGAGAUUACUCACCCAAGGUACGGCUCCCCUUACCCUUGGCCUCUUAACCGCAUUUUGUCCUAUCAGAAGCAAUGGGAGAUAAGGAGAAAGAUGAAGGCCAUUGGGUGGGCUGGCAAGUCACUUGAACAGGUGCUUGAAGAUGUAGACCAGUGUUGUCAGGCUCUUUCCCAGAGAUUAGGAACACAACCGUAUUUCUUCAAUAAGCAACCAACUGAAUUAGAUGCUCUGGUAUUUGGACAUCUGUUCACAAUCCUGACUACUCAACUAAUCACUGAUGAACUCUCUGAAAAAGUGAAAAACUACGGUAACCUCACAGCCUUUUGUAGGCGAAUAGAGCAGCAAUACUUCGAAGGUCAUGAUAAAGACAGCUCUGCAACUGCUUCAGCCAGAUCUGCUAAAAGGUCCUUACUGAGAUAAGCGUGGUGUUUGAUGGUCAUGGUGUGCUGCAUUUCAGUUUUGGUUUUUGUUGCUUAUUGAAUUGGUUUUCAAAAUGUUUAUUGAAUUUGUUUUGAAGCUGCCAAAUCAUUCUGAAGCAAGAGCUCCUCUCUAAAUGUAGUUUUAGUGUUGUAGAAUACACUGUGCACAUUUAACUUGAAAUGACUGUAUGGGCACUUGGAUUUCAAUAGGCUGCAUGCCACUUACUCUGAAGUGACCUUGGAAGAAUGUUGUAUCUGUAUUAAAAAGAAUAAAAUAUUUUAAAAAGUU